AUGUCCCUCAAGCUGCCGCGGAACUGGGAUUUCAACCUGAAGAUGGAUGCCGCAAAAAUAGCCCGCUCCCGCAGUGUGAUGAGCGGGGACCCGGCGGGCUCGGGCCCGGGCUCCCCCCGCGCCCCGGAGCGGCCGCUGAAGCUGGGCUGGCUCCGGAAGCAGCGCUCCAUCGUCAAGAACUGGCAGCUGCGCUUCUUCGUGCUCCGCGGGCAGCAGCUGCUCUACUACAAGGACGAGGACGAUGCCAAGCCGCAGGGCUGCCUGUCCCUCCAGGGGAGCACCAUCAAGGUGGUGGCCGCUAACCCAGAGGAAGGAGGGAAAUUCAUCUUUGAGAUCGUCCCAGGGGUGGCUGGGGAGCAGAACCGGGCCGGGCAGGACUCCUGCGUGCUCAUGGCCAGUUCCCAGGCGGAGAUGGAGGAGUGGGUGAAAUCCAUCCAGCGCGCGCUGGGCCCGGCGCCCGGAGCCGUGUUCGGGCAGCACCUGGCAGAGACCAUGGCCUACGAGCAGAACCUGGGGCAGCACCAGGUGCCCAUCCUGGUGCAGAAAAGCACCGAGUUCAUCCGGGAGCACGGCGUGGGCGAGGAGGGAAUCUUCCGCCUGCCCGGCCAGGACAACCUGGUCAGACAGCUCCGGGACGCCUUCGACGCCGGGGAGAGACCCUCGUUCGACAGGGACACCGAUGUGCACACCGUCGCCUCCCUGUUCAAGCUGUACCUGCGGGAGCUCCCCGAGCCCGUCGUGCCCUGGCUGCAGUACGAGGAUUUCCUGCUCUGUGGGCAGGCUCUGGAGGCUGAUGAGGCAAAGGGCCACCAGGAGCUCCUGAAGCAGCUGUCCCUCCUCCCCAGAGACAACUACAACCUCCUCAGCUACAUCUGCAGGUUUCUCUAUGAAAUACAACUGAACUCCAGCGUCAACAAGAUGAGUGUGGACAACCUGGCUACAGUGAUUGGAGUGAACCUCAUCAGACCCAGGAUAGAGGACCCUGCAAUCAUCAUGAGAGGCACACCCCAGGUCCAGAAGGUGAUGACUGUGAUGAUCAGUGACCAUGAAAAGCUCUUUCCCCCGUCCAAGGAUGUGCCUCCCUCCCCACCUGCCCAAAAAACCGAGAAGAAAGCUCCUGUGCCUCGCAGCUCUGUGGGCUGGGGAGCUGCAGAGGACCCCGCAGCACCCCGAGGCUCCACUCAGCUGAGGGAUCACCCCAAUUCCAGCAGCGCCCCUGGCCCAGCUGCCGCCUCGAGCAUCCCCGGGGAGGACACAGACCCACUGGGAACGUGGAAAACACAGCCAAGGAAAAGAACUCAGACUUUACCAACGAAGAAAUCCUUCCCGGCAGCGGCCGCUCCGGGGGAGAAGGGCAGCAAGGAGAGGAACAACGUCCUUGGCAGUGACUUUUGGAAAAGCAGCACACGCCCCGUGGCCUCUGAUGGACACAAGAGAACGUUGUCCCAUGAUCUUUUCAAGCUGCUCGACCUCCACAGGGCUUCAACCAACGACAGCGCUCCCCCCUCGCAGGCAGAGAGCGGGGAGGGCAGCGGCUCCAGCCCCAGCCCUGCCAGCAGCAUCUCCGAGAAGGAAUUCCUGCCCUGCUUCAGCCCCGGCCACGAGCCAAAGGAACCCGCCAGUCCCACCAGCAGCCCUGCUGAGGACCCCAACCCCGAGCAGGAGAGCAGGGAGUUCCUGCAAAGCAUGAUCCUCAAGCUGGAAAAGGAUAUGGAGGCACAGAGAAAUGACUACGAGGAGCAAAUUAAAAGCCUCCAGAAGGAAAACUAUGAGGCCUGGGCCAAAGUGGUGAGGCUGAACCAGGACAUGGAGCAGGAGAAGAAGAAGUGUGGGGAGCUGGAGCUGAGGCUGAUGAACAUGCAGCGCUUGAAGGAGGAGCUGGAGAAGAAAGCCAAGAUGCUCGAGGAGGAGAUAAAAAACUUAACUAAACCCACGAGUAAAACCUGUGCCAAAGUCAACUAGGAGGAGACACCCAGCUUUUCACAGACACCAAAUGCUGCUGUGUGAAUGCACAGGAAUUGCAGGCUCAGAGCCAGGGACUUGUCCUGCUCCUGCCCACAGGCCGAGGGGAGGAAGGAGACCAGAGCUUAGAGGCUGGUUCAUGCUCUGAACCAGAAAUUUUCAGAAAUAUCCUUUAGCUUUUUUUUGGGUGUGUUUAUUUCAACUCUUAUUUCAGCUGCUUAGGUUACCUGGAGAACAGGCCGACACUUCCUGCUGCUCAGCCAGAAUUGCACUCAUGAGUUUGGGUUGUGGACACAUUGUGCCUUCACAAAGAGAAAGCAGAAGUGUCCCUCCUCCAGCUGCCUGUCUCCUUGCUGGAGAUACCCACAGGCAAAACAUCCACAGAUCUCGGAUCUGGGGCAGGCAGAGGAGCCCCAGGACCCGGGGAGUCACAGCCCUGGGGUGGUGGAGGUGCUCACAUCAAUCCCCAGCUGCUCUGUGCUCUCCUGGGGCAGGGCCAGAGUCUGAGAUCUCCUGCAGCAUCACCUGAUGUGCUGUGCCACCUGCCCCCACUGUGGCUCCAGGUGGAAAAUCCCACUAUGACACAAACCUUUUCAGUUCCGGGGCUGUUCAGCUGUUUUGGGUCACUGACCCCACAGCUGGGUGUUCCUGAAUCCAGCCCAGCUGACAGAGCCCUUCCACACACCUGCACCUGGAGCUCUUUGUGCAGGGGGAGUCCAUCAGCAACUCCAGCACAGAAAUUUUGUGUUUUCCCUGAUGGGCAGACUUCAAAGGAUGGCAAAUCUGAACCUGUUUACUGCCCCUGCUUUUGGUGUUUUGUUGUUCCUGAAGCACAGAACAGGAUUUCCUCAGCCAGAUUGUGGAUCCCUGGGUUUGCACCCCAGCGAGGAUGUUGGGUCUCUCCCCAUCGGUGCAAAGACCCCAUGGACCCAAAGGUGUCCCCGUGGCUGUUCGUGGGUUUCUGCUUGUCCCCCACCCCUGCCAGAGUCCCUCCAGGAGUACCACAGUGCUGCCACAGCCUUUGGUGGAGGAAAGAAGAAGAACAGGACUCUGGACAGUCAUUUUCUUCUACAGAAAUCCUUUCAUUUAUUUAUUUGAGGAAGGGGAGCAGCCCAGCCUAGAGCCCUGAUGGGGACACAAAAGGGAAAACCACAGAGAUCUGCAGGUUUCAAGCAGGACCAAGGACGUGGCUCUGCGCCAGGCAUGGUGAGGGGAAUCACAACUCUGGGUUCUGGCUGCUUAGGUCUCGGCUUUGGCGAGGCAAAAGUUCAGCUCCAGACGGGCUGCAGAGCUGUGUGACAGGGAAAAUGAACUGGGGGGAGAAAGGGACACGGAGGAAAAUGUGGGAAACAAGGGGACGUGGGAGUGGGAAAAUGUUAUUGGAGAAUAAAAGUCAGUGUUGGGUACAAAGCACUUGCUGCUCUCCGCCUUGCUGGGGGUAGGGGGAACUGGUUUAGCUCUAAAACUGAGCCCAGACUGUCUCAGGUUCAGUUUGGUGCACUGAACCCAGCUUUGCUCAGCUGUGGGUAUGAAUU